AUGGACUUUACGGCGACGUAUGACCAUGCUGCAGCGGAGUGCGUGUCCUUCUCGCCGGGCUCGACGUUUAUUGCGUACAUAGAUGGCGAGAGGCAGAGUGCGGUACAGGUGCGUGUCUCGGGGACGCUCCAGGUCGUGCGGUCCUGGGAGCUCGGCACGCCGCUGCAGGCCCUGAGCUGGUCGCCGGACGGCCUCUUUUUGCUGGCCUGUGCGUACACGGUGCCUGGACGCGACGAGCGGAACGGGCGGUCGUAUAUCCUGCCGCUAGAUCCGGAUGCAAGCGUCACGGACGGAUCGGAUGACGGCCAGGGAUGGGUCGCGCGCAUCGACGCGGGGAUCGGGGGACUGCAGCAGGCUGAAUGGGUGCCGGUCUGGCGCGUGCCGUCGAUCGUGCAGUUUGCAAGCUACGAGACAGGGGGGGUGAUGUACUCGCUCGCGGACCAGGCAUUUACGGCGCUGCCGGGGACGCUCCUGUCAAAGGCAUACGCCCACCCGCUGCGCUCGGACGCGGUGGGAUUCUUGCAGCGCGACGCAGAGAGCGACUACUUUGCGCUAUACGCGCCCGAAUCGGCCGACGCGCCGUCGAUGCAACAGCCGGUGUCGUGGAAAUUGGAGCGCGUACGUCGUCCAACACUCAUUCAGUCGAUCAAGCUGCAUGUGAGCGAGCCGAGCGGCGCGGCUUGGAGCCCCGACGGGCAUGUGCUGGCCGUGUGGGAUUCCGCACUCGAGUAUCGCGUGGCCCUGUACGCACUCGCAGGCACGCACCUAGCCACCUUUGCGAUCGACGCAGAGAGCAGCGUGCCCACGACCCAGAUCGCCAUUGCCCCGGCCGACGCCAAGGCGGCGCUCGCCGAGUCGGGCUCGGGGCCGCAGCGGGCGCGGCGCGUGCCGAUGCGCACAUCGCGCUUUUCCAAGAGCGCGUCGCUGCGCGCGAGCACGUCGCAGCGCAAAUCCGGCGCGUCGAUCGUGGCGCGUGUCGCCGGCGGCGGCCUCGGCGUGCGCCAUGUCGCGUGGCACCCCUCGAGUGCCUUUCUUGCGAUCGGCGGCUACGACGAGCGCGUGCGCAUCCUCUCGAGCGAGGACUGGUCUGAAGUAUAUACCCUGGAUGUGCGGCGCAUCGCCCUCGCUGCACACCGCCCCGACGUGGCCGUCUGGCGCGAACCGCGGCGCUGGUUCGAGGCGACACAAGGCCAAGGCAUUGUGCCGUUUGAGCGCGACGUGUUGCCUAUGGAGGCACCUGCUGCGCGGCAGGACCAGUCGAAUCCGACCAAGUGCGGCGUGUGCUGGAUGGAGUGGAAUUGGGACGGCACGGUGCUCGCGGUCCGCAACGAGGCGCUGCCAAUGCAUGUCCUACUCUAUGUCUUUGACGGCGUAAGCGAGCGGCGCACCGACGCGCGCCUGCGGCUCCACGCCGUUUUGAAGCUCUCUUCGCCCGUCCAUGCGCUCUCCUGGAAGCCCGGGCAGUACGGCACGCUGGCGAUCGUGACCGGCAAGAGCGCAGUAUACCUUUAUUCGCUGCAGAGGAGUGGAGCGCAGAGUGCCGAAGCGGUUGCCAUUCCCAACGAACACUUUAGUGCAAUGCGGCUGGCGUGGUCGCCCGACGGCCAAGCGCUGCUGCUGCUCGACAGCGACACGUAUUGCUGUGCGAUGGCCGCGCCCGAAAACACCGGCGAUUCAUAA